AUGGCUGCGACCAACGCCCGUGCAGACACCGACAUUGUCGUUGACGAGAAGCUCCAUGACCCGGACCACAUCGAGAAGGCGCCGCAGACGGUGGCCAUUGACAACAUCCAGGUUCUGGGGCUGAGGGCUGAGGAUGCGGAGUUUUAUACGAACUACCCGCCUGAGGCGAGGAAGAAGCUGUUGUGGAAGAUUGACAUCCGUCUCAUUCCCAUGCUGGCCGUCCUCUACCUCAUUUCCCACCUCGACCGCGCCAACAUCGGCAAUGCGAAGAUUGAGGGCCUCGUGGAGGAUCUCGGCAUGUCGGGCAUCCAGUACAACAUCGUGCUUUCGAUCUUCUUUAUUCCAUAUGUGCUUCUGGAGGUUCCCAGCAACAUGCUCCUCAAGAACUUCUCCCGCCCGUCCGUCUACCUCGGGAUCCUCAUCACCUGCUGGGGCAUCAUCAUGACCCUGACCGGGCUAGUGCAGAACUUUGCAGGCAUGGCUGUUGUCCGCAUCUUGCUUGGUAUAUUUGAGGCUGGCUUCUUCCCCGGCGCCGUCUACCUCUGCACAUUCUGGUACAUGCCCAAGGAGCUCUCGACUAGACUGGCUAUCUUCUACUGCGCGUCCGCCCUCAGCGGUGCAUUCUCCGGUCUUCUCGCAGCCGGCAUCGCCCAGAUGGACGGAGUCGGCGGCCAAGAAGGCUGGCGCUGGAUCUUUAUCCUCGAGGGCAUCGCCACAGUCGUCCUCGGCGCCAUGUGCUUCUUCCUCCUAAUUGACUCGCCUCAGAAAUCAGGGAAAUGGCUCGAGCCCGAAGAGAUCCGGUACCUGGAACUGCAGCACUUCAUCAAGGAAGGCGGGCACUUCAAGGAAGAGAAGAAGAAGACGAACUGGAAAGAUAUCAAGGCGACCCUGCUGAACUGGCGCAUGUACCUCCUUGCCUUCAUCCUGCUGGCGCAGUCGGCUUGUUCAUAUGGCACAAAAUUCUUCCUCCCCACAAUCACAAAAGCCAUGGGCUUCCGCGACACAAACGCGCAACUCAUGACAGUGCCCCCCUACGUCGCGGGCGCCAUCUCCGCCGUGUUCUUCAGCAGCCUCUCAGACCGCUUCUACUGGCGCAUGCCCUUCGUCGUGGCCCCCCUGUGCCUCGUCGUAAUCGGGUACGCGAUCAUGGUCUCGUUGAAAGGCGAAUUGGACACCCACGUCGGCGUCGGCUUCUUCGCGAUCAUCCUGACGACCAUGGGCAUCUACCCGAUCCACCCGGCCACCACGUCCUGGACGGCGAAUAACCUUGCGCCGUCUGGACGGCGCGCGAUCGGCCUGGCGUUUAAUAUUUGUAUCGGCAAUAUUGGAGGCAUUAUCGGGAGCUAUAUGUAUAUUGAUUCGGAGGCGCCGUAUUAUUAUACGGGGUUUGGGUUGAGUUUGGCGCUGGGAGGUGCGGCGCUGAUUGUGGCGCUUGUGUUGGAGGUGAGCUUUAAGUGGGGGAAUAGGAGGAAGGAGGGGAUGGAUGAGGCGGAGAUUAGGGCGUUGUAUAGCGAUGAUGAGUUGUUGGCUAUGGGCGAUCGGAGUCCGUUGUUUAGGUAUACGCUUUGA